AAAAAAUGUCAGUUAAUGGUUGCUUGUUGGACUCGUAAUUGAAUCUUUCUACUACUGAAUAUUCGUAUAUAUCCUCCACAUUCUGGGAAGACAUUUCACCAAUUUUUGACUAUUGCCUAUUCAAGUUUUGAGUUCAUCAAACUGCUGCAAUAGUCAUAUUUUGAAAUAGGAGGAAUGGAGGUGUUAAGAGCUUUUGUGAACAGUCCCAUUGGCCCUAAAACAACUCAUUUCUGGGGCCCUGUUUUCAACUGGAGCCUCCCUAUUGCAGCAUUUUUAGACACAAAGAAACCCCCAGAAGUGAUAUCGGGCAACAUGACUGCAGUAAUGUGCGGCUACUCGGCAUUAUUCAUGAGGUUUGCAUGGGUGGUACAGCCACGCAACCUCCAUCUUCUUGUCUGCCAUGCCUGUAAUGAAACUGUGCAGCUUUAUCAGCUCUCCCGUUGGAUCAAGGCUCAACAGAAUUCACAGAAGAAAGAUGAAACUGAGGCACCAAACAGCAACAAAGAUGACUAGUUACUACAAUGAUCAUUACACCUUGAUCUUCAAUAAAAACUCUAUUGUAAAAUUUGCUUCUUUCUCAACAAGAUGAAGUAUAAUUUUCUAUAAA